AUGUCGUCGACAGACUAUAACUAUGACGAGCAGACCCGUCAAAGGUUCGUCAGUCUCGCUCCGGAGCUGCUUGGACUUGAGAACUCCGCCCCUCGAAUCAAGUCUGAUUUCAAGCCACAACAUGACGAUAUCAUACAGAACCAGAAGCAGAAACUUCUGCGGAAAGAGCGCCGCAUCAAGAGAAUUAUUACCGUGAUCGUUGGGUAUGCGGUCAUGGCGUGGAUGGUAUACCUGAUCAUCGUCACCGCAAGAUCAGUGCCCAAGAUCUGGGACCCUUAUGAAAUCCUUGGAAUUUCGAGGAGUGCCGAUGAGAGAGCUAUCAGCAAACACUACAAACGACUCUCGGUCAAAUUUCAUCCAGACAAGAUCAAGCCUGACCCUGCCAAAAAUGAAACUAUCGAGAUGCUCAACGACCACUUCGUUGAGCUCACAAAGGCGUACAAGACCCUUACCGAUGAGGAAAUUAGAAACAACUACAUCCAAUUCGGCCAUCCUGACGGAAAGCAGAGUUUUAGUAUCGGCAUCGCCCUGCCCAAGUUCAUUGUUACCGAAGGCAACGGAAAGUUCGUUCUCCUACUCUACGGGAUCCUUUUUGGUGUUCUCCUACCGUAUACUGUUGGAAAGUGGUGGUAUGGUAACCAGCGUUAUACCAAGGAUAAUGUCCUUGUCGCCAGCUCUGGAAGCCUUUUCCGAGAGUAUCAGCCAGGCAUUUCUGGCGGUGAUAUGAUAAGUAUCGUGAGCGUAGGAGACGAAUACGUGGACAUGCUAAAGGAUGACCAAGCGCAUUCUGGCUUAGCAAAGAUUGAGAAGAAGGUUCUCGAUCUAAUGGACCUGUCGCCCAAGGAUAAGCUUGCUUUGAGCAGAUUAGACAAUGAGAAGAGAAGAAAGGCUCUCGCGUUGCUAUGGGCCUAUCUCGGAAGAAUCGACCUUGACGACAACGCUCUCAACAACGAAAAGUUUCAAGUCGCACUCCCAGCCGUCACCCUCAAUAAUGCCUUCACUACCAUCGCUUUAACGUUCGGAAACCUACAGCCCAUCAUGACAUCACUCUACACAUCCCAGAACCUCAUCCAAGCUAUUCCUCCAAAGUCCUCUCCGCUCCUCCAGCUCCCCUACUUUAACGCCGACGUUGUCCGAUCUGUAGAAGGCGAACAUUCCAAAACCCAUUUGACCAUUCAGCAGUUCAUGAGAUUGCCAGAAGCGAAGCGACGAAACCUGUCCAUUGGCGGCGGCCUCUUGACAGAAUCACAAUACCAGACUGCAAUAUCAGUAGCAAGGAGAAUACCAGCCUUGCAACUGUGCAAGGCCGUCCUCAGAGUUCCAGGGGAAAGGGUUAUCACACCAAGCAGCUUGGUUCAACUCGUGGUAAAAGCCCGCUUUGUCCCGCCAGGCUGUGAAUAUGUACCGCCCGUCAAGGAGUCAGAUCUCGAGAUUGAAGAUAUCGACGAAGACGCUCUAGCAGAUGCCCAGACAGGGAAUGCCACCCCCGACCCGAAAGAAAAGGAAAAGAAAUCCCGAAUGGAAAUGGAAGACGAGCCCGAGAUUCAGCCUCCGCUCGCCCAUGCCCCUUACUUUGCUCGCGACCACUCUCCCAGAUGGCACAUCUUCCUCGCAGACGUCAAGCAGGACCGUAUGGCCGUCCCCCCAUUCACGUUCACGAAAUUCAACAAACCUAUCUUUGACGAGGAGGGUAAACCAACCUUUAAUGUGCAGACAAUGAAAAUGCAGUUCCAGGCCCCUCCACAGGUGGGCAACUUCCCAUUCGUCCUCAACAUUGUUUGUGAUAGUUAUAUCGGAUUCGACGAAGAGCAAGCGAUUACCCUUCAGGUUGAGGAUUUGGAGAAAGCUGCAGCUGUAGCUGAUGAAGAUGAUAUCAGUGAGCCUGACGAAGAUUCCAUUGCGGGACAAAUGCAAGCUUUGAAAACCGGCCAAGCUCCAUCCAAGAAGAAGCGUGUCGUCGAAUCCAGUGAAGAUGAUGAAAGUGACACCGAUGGCGACCUGGCAGACGAUACCAGCGAAACUGACACCGACACCGACACCGAUGGAGAAUAG